CUUGUGGUUUCCACACGUGUUGGGUGGAAUGAUGUUGCAGAUGAUUUUUUUUCCUGCAGGAUUGACUCCACCGAGGACUCUGCAUACUAAACAUCAUAAACAUUUUUGCAUCUUUUUUUUUCAGCUGUGCUUUUGUGUCAGUCCUUUCACGCUUUAUGAGUUUCACUUUCUUUUUUUAACCUCCCGCCCAUCCUCUCUAAUCACAGCCGAGCACAUAAGACUGUCUUUGUUAAAAACUGUGCAUAAUUACAAGCUUUUUCACCACUAACAUCAGUGCAACGCAGGCGUUCUGCAAGAGUGAAUGGGAUGUGCAUGACGACAGCAGAUGUUGCAUUUUGGUCUUCCCUGUCUCCCUCCCCUUGUUUUUCUUUCAUGAAUGUAUUGAAUGUAACUGUGUGUCUGUUCUUUUCUUUUUUUUUGGUAUUUUGAACGAAACAAAAGGGGGACAAGCAGGUUCAUUCUAUGUGCAUGUGCUUUCCCUCUAGACUCUGGCUGCCCUAACGAGAAAUUCGAUAAAUCUGCUUCCAAACCAUCUCGCACAAGCUUUGCAUGUCCACUCUGGUCCUGAGGAAAUUAACAAGCGAAUAGAGAGCGCCAUCGACUUACGGAGUGGCGAUAAGUUGAGAAGAGAGCAUAUCAAGCCUUUCUCACUGAUGUUUAAAGACUCCAGCCUGGAAGAGAAGUACUCGCAGAUGCGGGAUGAGGUUUUCAAGUCCAACCUGGUCUGCUCCUUCAUUGUCCUCAUCUACAUCACAACCAUUCAAAGCCUGCUUCCCUCUGCCAGCAUGGUUACCAUGGUGAUCCAGUUUUCCAUCCUCAUCGUCCUCCAUUCCUGCUUGAUCCUAGUUACAACGGCAGAGGACUACAAGUGUCUGCCACUGGUCUUAAGAAAAGCCUGCUGCUGGAUAAACGAGACCUACGCAGCUCGGAACGUCAUCAUCUUUGUCUCAAUUCUCAUCAACUUCCUGGCAGCCAUGAUCAAUAUUCUGUGGUGUGACUUCGAUAAGCCCAGCAACUUCAGAAACCAGACAUACAAUGAGUCUGCCUCCAUCCCAGACAUCUGCUUCUACCCAGAGGUACCGGCUGAACGAGGUUUCAAAUUCUCACAGUCAGGUCCAUCUGUUGCGUUUCCUCCUCUUCUGCAUGGAGGCAAAAUGAUAAAUUAAGCAUCUCAGACAACUGCCCGGCCCCCAGAAGGCGGUCCCGCCUGCGGCAACAGCGAGUGAUGGAGCCAUCAGAACGUCAUGCAGAACUUAUCCAUUAUUUUCCAUUGCUCACACAAUAUGCAGCUGAUUGAUGGAGUCAAAGAAGGAACCCCAUUUGUUUAGCUCUGAUUUUGAGCGAUGUGUGGUUGCAUGUAUACAUCAAAAACAUCCUCAUAAGGUCUUAAAAAGC